GGUGACGAACGGCAGCGGGUCUAGGGGUGCCCGCUAUGUAAAUCCGGACCUGGUUAUCUCGCAACAUCUCACUGCAGUGUUGGUGGAAGAAAAGCCGUCUUAUAUUGUAAUUGUGGGCACCCAGGGCUGCUUCUCUGGUGGUCCCAAGGGUGAGGAGCUGGCCUUGGGAGUUGGCUUCUCUCCCCAAGGCUACUGGAAUACUGACCAGGGCACCUGCAGCCGGGAGCCUCCUUCUGGAAGACACCUGUUGAUGCUGCUAAGGUUUUCUUAACAUCACUGGGGGCAUCUUGUGGUCACCUUUUGAGUGCAGAUUUGGUUAACUAAAUGACUUAUUGUGUGAUAUUGCAACUGGUUAUAACCAGACACCUUAUGGGAUGGGUUCAAUCUAGUACAAUGAGCAUCACCGAGUUUGUGUUUUUAGAAUAUUCUUGUUCCGGGGAGCUGGUCAGUGUUUCUAUGUGAGUUGGAAGCAGAUACCCCAACUGAUACAAUGAAACAAUCGAAAUGAAACAGUAUUCCUAAUUAUCCAAGCUGCAGGUGAGGACAUCAUUGUGCCCCAUUGUGUUUCUUCACCUCUUGUAGCAGAUAUGAACCCAUAUAACAUGAUGCUUGUGAUGUUGUUGUUCUGUAUGAAAACAUAAGGCUGACAUUAUAUAGCACGUUGGCCCUAUGUAAAGAAUACAUGAUGGUGAAAAUUAUAUGUAUUGUCUAGUAUAAUUACUUUGUGUUGAGUACAUUUGAGAAUUUAUAGUUACUUUUGGGUACAUAUGGAUUAGUUUGUAAAGCUACAAGAGUAUUCGGCCUUUUUUCAUGACAAUAUGACCACUUGAGGUCCAGGGCUGCCAUUUAAUACCCACCUGGCCCUGUGGGGUUCCAUAAAAAUAAAUCCUUUAGGAUUCAAAUCUCAAUAUUGCUUUGCUGUAAAGCCAUGUGUUGGGUGACAGUUUGGAUAGACCACAGUGAGAUCCUAUUGACUGGCACCAGUUUCUCAAGAUUAAAGAUUCCAUCACACAGUGUUUCUCAUUGGUCCUUGAGUUGUAUCCUACUCAAUUGCCAUCUGAUCCACAUGUGACCCAUUGUCCUUUAGAUUGUAAUGUCAAAGUGCCACCUUAGCAUGGCUUUCCUUAGAAUCUUCUCCUUCCGAAGACAUGGAGUAGUGCUUACAUUUCACUGUAUACAAAGGACACUUCCCAUUUAUUAAUGGACAAAAAAGUGAUCUAUAUAUGAUAGGACCCUGCAGAACCGCUUCUCCUGAACUGCACCACCCACAUUCCCCAAUAGGAUCCAAUUUCUGUGUACCUGACAACAAAUGGAAGAGUAACUAGUUGGUGGCGCUAUAUUGGCUGAUUGACUAUCCAUCCCUGGCUCUUUGGCAGUGUUGGGCAACCAGGAUCAUGCCUGACCAUCGGGUCAUAGAGCUAUAUCAAGCAGCCAGACAUGGAAUCCACCAGCUCUGAUGCACUACCCUGCCUUUUAGGCAUGGGGCCCUAAUGGGGAGUGUGGGUGGUGCAGUUCAGAAGGAGAAGAACGGGCCUCUGCAUAGACCCUAUGAUGGAUAAAUCGCUUUCCUUGUUCUUUAAAUCACGAGAGAGAUUUUUUUUUCACUUCCAGAUGUGGAGUUAAGACCACAGAUUGAACAUAUGGAUGUGAUAAGCAGCGAGUACAAAUGCUCAGAAGCCACGUGUUCUGUGUUUAGAAAGGAAUAUAAUUCUCACUGGGAAUUUCUUUCUUUGGGUUUGUUUGUGCAACACAAACAGCAGCAGGACCUCCUCAUUGUGCUCUGUAUAAACCUUUUCAUUUGACUGAAGAUUUUAUUCUGGGCUGCGGUAUCGCUCAUAUACAAGUUCAUCAGACUGCAGGAGAAUAUGGAAUUAGUCUUCAUUCAGAUACUGGUUCUUUUUGCGCUAAAUACAGAUGCCAACAGCCAGCGUGAGGCCCAAGACUCUAUAAUGAUGCGUUACAUUGAAAGCCGUGUCAUUUCUCUUGAGGACAGACUAUACAAAUGUGAACAAGUCCUGCACCAUUAUGAUUAUGAACUGAAGGGACUGUCCCACAGACUCAUUUCACGCCUUGAAGAACAAAGUAAACACAGGGCCGACGUAAAGAGGGAGGUAGAGAAUCUGCUCGCUAGGAUUGAGCGAGCGGAAUGGGAUAUCGACUACCUGGAGACCGCGUCCCCUUCAAAUACGUGCGUGGAGAUGGACGAGCAGCUGGUGGAGACUCAACUGGAAAGCGCCGAAGAAGAAAAAAGAAAAAUACUGCAAAAAUUAAACACAAGUUGUACCAUUAUGGUGGCGCAAAUAAAAUCCCAGAAGACCGUGAAAAGAUCUGGUGGUGCCAUCGGCUCCUGGAUAAGGAAUGCAGGAAACAGCUCAGAGAGAUUAUAUUUCUUUAGUGGUCCAAAUGGGGACACACUUCUAGAAUUUGCAAAUAUGGAAGAAUUCACCAGCAGAGAUUAUUUGGAAAAGGCCAGGAACAUUUCCCUGAUGUAUUCCUGGCAAGGCACCGGGCAGGCCGUGCAUGAAAAUUUCCUGUUUUUCCAUAAAAAUGCAACUUUGAAUGAAAUUGUUAAAUAUGAUCUGGGGAGGGAGAAUGUCACAGAGACGGUUGAACUAUCAGGAGCUGGUAGCAUUCCGCCCUAUCAGCUGUCGCCAUUCACAUACAUUGAUCUUGCCUUUGAUGAGCAGGGCCUGUGGUCCAUGCAUGGAGAUGUGAGCAAUGGUGGGAAUAUAGUUCUGACAAAGAUCAACUAUCAGACCAUGGUCAUGGAACACGCCUGGAACACGUCCUGCCAGAGCGCCAAUGCCGAGGCGGCCUUUGUCAUAUGUGGGACACUGUACGUGGUGUAUAACACAGCCAGCGGGGGGCGUUCUCAUAUUGAUUGCAUUUAUGACACUUCUGGUAUCAUUACUGAUAAGAUGCCCACCUUAUAUUUCCUCAGGCGCUACAGCAGCCAUGCCUCCGUGAAGUAUAACCCUAUAGAUCAGGCACUUUAUGCUUGGGAUGAGGGUUACCAGACUGUCUAUAGACUUGAUACAAGAGCUAAAUAUGAACAUCCAUGAUGUAUAUAUAAUAUAGUAUACCAGGUGUCUGCUGGUGGCAUUGGCAACUGCUAACAUCACAGGUGAGGUGGGCAGCGUUUGGCCACCAGCCAGUGACUCGCUAAAUAGGUGCUUUCCCCGUCCUUAUAUUUUAGAGUAAUGGUAGUGUUUUGGGUCAGAAAAGGCUGAUGGAAUAAGGAAUAAACUGUAACUCUGUAGUACAAGGGUGAAUGUUCCAGCACAGUCCAAAGAACCUUUAUAGAAGCUGGAGAGUUCCCUGCAACAGGAGUAUUACUGUAUAGGUGUCUCUUUUCUGUUUCUUUCCUUUAUACAAACACAAAAGAAACAGGCUUUGCACUAGUGAUGGGCGACUAAAUUCGUCAG